AUGGAGGAAGUACAUAUUGAUCAGAAUAUGAAUAUUGAAAUUGAAGACUAUAAGUCUAAAAAACAAUCAGAUAAUAAAUACGAUGAACCAUUAAAACUUUAUAAGAGAUUCAAAAAAGAGUAUGUUGAAAAAGAUAUUAAUGAUUAUAAAAUUUCAAGAACAUUCCUAUAUCAUUAUGCUGAAAAACUAUUAACCGAAAAAAGAUCACAUAAUACAGAGAAAUCUGGAUCAUGUCAUACUGACUGUAAAUGA